UUGAAAAUAAGUUUUGUUUUGUUAAAAUAAUGUUUUGUUUAAUUCAUUAUGUGUUCAUAAUAGUUUUGUUGGAACUGAAAAUUAUUUCGUCGGUGAAGAGUAAAAUUGAAUGUGGUUAUAAGCAAUGCCCACAAACGCGAGAUGGCGCGCUGAAUGUGCAUCUGAUCCCUCACUCACACAUGGACGCCGGCUGGGUGAAGACCUUCGACGAGUACUACUAUGGAACUAAGACGUCAGUUAGCACGGCAAACGUACAACUGAUCUACCAUUCCGUACUCUCCGAGUUGUUGCAUGACAAGAGACGCAAGUUCACCUUCUCCGAGACGGCGUACUUCUGGCGCUGGUGGAAGGAACAGCGCCCCACCACAAGGGCUACAUUCAGAUCACUGGUACAGGAAGGUCGCGUGGAGUUCGCUGGUGGAGGAUGGGUGCAUAAUGAUGAAGCUACCCCGGAUUAUCUGCAUAUUAUUGAUCAGUAUACUUGGGGGUUGAGGAAACUUAACGAUACUCUUGGACCCUGCGGAAAGCCAAAGGCAGCAUGGCAAAUAGACACAUACGGCCACACAAGAGAACAGGUCUCUUUGCUCGCUCAGAUGGGAUACGAUGGUCUUUUUAUUGGUCGAGUAGACCACAAAGAACGAGAGUCUAUGAUAGAGGAAGAUAGAAUGGAGUUCAUGUGGAGAGGGUCCGAUGUUUUAGGCAAAAUGUCAGACAUAAUGACAAACACACUGUUCAACCUGUACAACGCCCCCGACGGUUUCUGUUUCGAUUUCCUCUGCAACGACGAGCCUAUUAUUGACGAUCCUGACAAUAAGGUCUACAAUGCUGAUAGACGAGUAAACGACUUCAUAUCCCAGAUAGAGAGACAGGCGAAGUACUACGACCACGACAACAUCAUGGUGACCAUGGGAGGAGACUUCACCUACCAGAGCGCCGCCAAUUGGUUCAUGAACAUGGAUAAACUUAUCAACCACGUGAACACACAUCCAGCGAACUUGUCAGAUAUCAACAUUUUCUACUCGACGCCAUCUUGUUAUCUCAAAGCUAUUUAUCUGUAUGGAAGGAGGGAUAAAGCUGUUUACACUGAAAAGGGAGACCAACUACCCUAUGGCAGUGACUCUCUAACGUACUGGACUGGGUAUUACACAUCUAGACCGAGUCUGAAGUAUUUCGCGAGAAGAGCUCAUGUGUUUCUACAAGUAGUGAAACAGAUGACAGUAAUAGCUCGUCUCGGAGAUUCCUAUGAGCUGCAUCUCCUGAGGCACGCUGUGAGCCUGGUACUUCAUCAUGAUGCUAUUACAGGGACGAGUCAACAACACGUCACAUCCGAUUUUGUACGAAUCUUGAGCGAAGCCAUUGAUGCGUGUACUAAAAAGGUGUCCAAUUUACUCAGUUACCUGACUCCUACUUGGGGAGGAAGUCGACGCACCAAGAAUAACCAGCAGUUUGUGAUAUGCCAUCAACUCAACAUGAGUCAAUGCAGGUUCACAGAGAACCAAGAAUCCAUGUUACUGCUAGUAUACAACCCUCUAAGCGUGAAGACUUAUCACCACGUGCGACUGCCUGCCAUAGCUCUGCAUUACACCAUCAGGGAUUUUAAUGAUGAGGAAGUGGAAUACCAGCUAGUGCCCCUCCCAGCAGCCAUCAUCAACCUUCCUGGAAGAUCCUCUACAGCCAUCCAGGAGUUGUGCUUCGAAGCCGAGAACAUACCGCCUCUGGGUUUCACUGCAUAUUAUAUUGCACCCGUUCGAGAUCAACUGGAAGAAAACGAGUUCGCGAAGAAAUUUUCAAAAUCCAAUCCUCCAGGGAAAGCUGAAGCUGAACAAGAAAUAAUUCCUUUCAUAUCUAAUGAGUACCUGAAAGUGACAGUAGAAAAAACAACCGGUCUCCUGGAAUCCAUACAGCAUGUGGACGGAGUCAGGGUGGAUAUAUCGCAGAACUUCUACUACUAUGCUCAAGGUCAGCAGACUCUGCAGUCCGGCGCCUACAGCUUCCGACCUGAUCGGCAGAGACCUACACCGGUGACAGACAAAGUAACCUACAACACCAUCCGAGGGUCGUUGGUGAAGGAGAUCAGGCAGCGGUUCAGCGACUGGAUCACGCAGAUCAUCAGGUUAUACCGUGGUGAAGAGUUCGUGGAGCUCGAGUGGGUUGUUGGACCUAUUCCUAUUGGCACGGACCUGGGCAAGGAGGUGGUGAGCAUGCUAUCCACGAACAUCAGCAGUAAUGGAGAGUUCUUCACCGACUCCAACUCGCGGCAGAUGAUGAGGAGGACUUGCUGGAAUGAGACUGCUAGUCAACAGCAAAAGAAGCCAGUAGCCGCUUGCUACUAUCCCGUGACUUCUCGCAUAUGUAUUCACUCGAUGAACACCAGUAUCGAGAUGUGUGUGCUGGUGGACAGAACUCAAGGAGGGACUUCUUAUAAUGAUGGCGAGAUGGAGCUUAUGGUUCAUAGAAGGUUACUGACCGAUGACGGCUUCGGGCUCGAGGAGACGUUAAACGAAGAAGCUUAUGGCGUAGGCCUGGUCGUCAAAGGCAAGCAUAGGAUACUAUUCGGCAAUUAUAGGCAAGAGGUGGACGACCAAACCUUCUCGGAGCGAAUGUCACUGUUCUCCAGGAAAUGGCAGUACGAGCCGUGGCUGUUCCUCACGUCUGGUGAGAAGGUCAACAGGAGGAAGUGGCAGAACGUCAGGAAUAAAAGAUUUUCAGUACUGAAACUACAUGGUCUGCCGCGCCACAUUCACGUGCUAACCUUAGAGCCGUGGAAAGCAGGCACGGUGCUGCUCAGACUUGAGAAUACGCUGGAAAAUCCUAGAAAUGACAAAAACGAUGGCCCAGAAGAUUACAAUACGAAACCCACACAUAUAACAGUGGAAUUAAAGAAGAUUUUCUUACAAAUGAACAUUAAAAUGGUGCGGGAGACCACGUUAGCUGCCAACCAGUGGUUAGACGAUGCUAGACAGAUGGAUUGGAGUACCAGAUAUGUAUACAGUGGAGCUGACGAUGGAAUUCUACCUGAAGAUGCGGAAGAAGGUGAUGAGAAACCUAUCAAAACCGGUGAAAAUAAGGAAUCAGGCCACUAUUCUGAAGAAGACCCCGAUUACACGCGAAGAAAAUACAUCCGACCCCGUUUCUCCGACAAAUCGCGAUCCAAAAUCAAAAUGCCGAUUUACGCCGACUACGACCGACGAAAGAGAUCUGUCAACGUCACAGGAAAUAUCAUGGAGAAUACUAUUAACGAUACUUCUAUAGACGACAUAAGAAUGAACGAAACUACAGAAACACCAAUUAAUGAUACCACAACAGCAGUAACAUUAAAACCAGAAAUCAAUGAAACAACAAAAUUCUCUGAGCCUUUCAAAUUCUUUGCGACUCAGAAAACGCCAAAAAUGAGUUUUUUGAGCAGAAUGAAGCCGAGUAAAUUGGUACCUGAUUGGGGAGCAGAGACUGAGGAAAUAGUGUCUUCUGAAGAAGAUUUCUCUUCUAAUUUGAAGAAGAGAUCGCCUCGCAGAAGGAAGGGUAAGGGUUUCAAGAGGAGAAGUCCUGAGGAUCCAUCUAUCAUAGAUGACUCAGACGAUGGCAUAACGAAGUCAAUCUACGAAAUGUACUACAAACACCGUCCAAGAGCCCAAUACAGGACCUUCCAGAAGAGCUCAGAAGAAGACAUGCAGAAGAUUAGAAAGAAGAAGAAGUCUAGAAGAAUGAGAGAUAAGAAUGACUAUGAUUAUGAGGAAGCUACUACUAGGAAGUAUUUUAGAGCUAAAAAUAGAAGGGUUAAGAGUAGAGGGUUGGCAGCCGAUAUGCCGUUCUUUAUCACUGAUGGAAGAAGACAUAAUAAUAAGGGAGAUAGAGAGUAUCUGGUGGAUGAUGGAAGAAGGAUAAGGGAUAAGACUUUGAAUGAAAAUGAUGGACAUAUUAUUAAAGAAGUAACUUUGAAAUCAUCACCAAACCGUUUGAGGAAACGAAAAGACAGCAGCGGCGUAGAACUCCAAGAUUAUUCUGAAGAAGAAGAGAUUGAUAUUGAGAGGGAGAGUGAUAGGAGAACUGAGAAUAGCAGGAGGAAGAGAACCUUACCAAAAGACGACGAGCCGCCCGCAGCAGACACCGGUACAUCAGAACCGGUAGACGACGUGGAUUAUGUCAUAACAUUAAGACCUACCCAAAUAAGAACUUUUGUCAUAUGGUUUGAGAAUAAUAGAAAGAAUUAUAACACUUAAGUUUGAUAUAAUCAUCGGCACGAAUUUUGAACGCUGACCUUCACCUGCGCAGAAGUAAUUUAUUGGGUCCCUUUUGUGGUAUGAAGUGAGGCGGUGGGUAAAGCGGUGAUUGGCCCGCAGUGCAUCGCGUCAUAGCCGUCACUCGGGAUUGGUUCUUUGCUAAUAAAUCACUUCUGCGCAGAUGAAAGUUAACGCUCAAGAUUCGUGCCGAUAACUAUGGAAAUAAGUAUUUUAAGAUGAUUAAGUUAGUAUUAACAGAGUCAAUAUCACGGAGGAAGGAAAUAUAGCGGAGAUGCCAUAAGGAAGGAAGGUCAGGCC